CACUUCGCAUUUCUUCACGAGUCACCCAAGCUUUUCCAGUUCAAAAGUUCACAUUAAUCAGUAAUCACCACCCAACUCUUUUUAUUUAUUUAUAUUAAUUUUUCUAUGUUCUGUCCGCCUGUUCUCCCUGUGGACUAAAAAAAAGGCCCCCAAGAAGAAGAGAAUUUAUAUCUUAUAGCAGUGAUCGUCAAUAACUAUACAUCUACCGAUACGCCCGCCCCUGAUCUAGCCUUUCGUUUUAAUUUCUCUCUCUUUCUUACCCCGCUCUAGCCUGUAAGCUCAGGUUUUACUUGGAAAUCAGGUUCGGGUUCGGAUUCGGGUCCUUCGAGUUACUGACGGAUAAAUGGAAUCAAGCUCUGGCUCCGGCGAGCACAACGUCAGGGGAAUACCUACUUACGGUGGACGCUACGUGCAGUAUAAUGUGUACGGCAACCUCUUUGAAGUAUCUAGAAAGUACGUUCCUCCUAUUCGUCCUGUUGGCCGAGGUGCUUAUGGUAUUGUUUGUGCUGCUGUGAAUUCUGAGACACAAGAGGAAGUUGCCAUUAAGAAGAUUGGUAAUGCUUUUGACAAUCGGAUAGAUGCUAAAAGGACUUUGCGAGAGAUUAAGCUUCUUCGACACUUGGGACAUGAAAAUAUUGUUGCUCUUAGAGACAUUAUACGACCUCCCCAGAAGGAGAACUUCAAUGAUGUCUACAUUGUUUAUGAAUUGAUGGAUACUGAUCUUCAUCAAAUAAUUCGCUCCAACCAACCAUUGACAGAUGAUCAUUGUCGGUAUUUUCUCUAUCAGUUGCUGCGAGGGCUCAAAUAUGUACAUUCAGCACAUGUAUUGCAUCGUGAUCUAAAGCCUAGCAAUCUGCUUCUGAAUGCUAAUUGUGACCUUAAGAUUGCAGACUUUGGUCUUGCAAGGACAACAUCUGAAACAGAUUUUAUGACUGAAUAUGUUGUUACGCGUUGGUAUCGGGCACCAGAACUACUCCUUAAUUGUUCUGAGUACACUGCAGCAAUUGAUAUAUGGUCUGUGGGUUGUAUACUUGGUGAAAUCAUGACUAGACAACCCCUGUUUCCUGGUAGAGACUAUGUUCAUCAGCUGAGGCUUAUUACAGAGCUUAUUGGUUCGCCAGAUGACUUCAGCCUUGGUUUCCUACGAAGUGACAAUGCUCGAAGAUAUGUUAGGCAGCUUCCCCAAUACCCAAGGCAAAAUUUUGCUGCUAGAUUUCCUAAUAUGUUCCCAGGUGCUGUUGAUCUGCUAGAGAAGAUGCUAGUCUUUGAUCCAAACAGGCGCAUUACUGUUGAUGAGGCACUGUGCCACCCUUACUUGGCGCCUCUUCACGAUAUCAAUGAGGAGCCUGUUUGCCCAAGGCCUUUCAACUUCGAUUUUGAGCAGCCAACAUUUACUGAGGAAAAUAUCAAGGAGCUCAUCUGGAGGGAAUCUGUAAAAUUCAAUCCAGAUCCUUGAGAAUAAUCUGAUAAUCUGUUGAACACUGUUGGGAAAAUAAUCCAUUUUUCCUAUUUUCAUCAUAAUUAUAUAGAACCAGUGGUCUCUGCAGAAAGAAGAAAAGAACUCUCUCGGUAUAUUGGGAUUCACUCACAUGUCAUAAAGAGUUGAUUGCUUUCAUCUUGAAUCAUUGUGAUAUUGAAAUAUGUAAAAUGGAGGCUAGGUUCUCUUCAGGGUAACCGAGAAGAAUCUCUAUGAAGGUUUAGUUUGUAGUUGGCGUAUAUGGGCAAACCAAUUUGAUUUGGGGUGGGUGGAGUGGGUGUUGUAAUGGCAAUCUAUACUGUUCUGGAAUGGGGAUUCUGCAUAGUUCCGAGACCUAAUGUUCCUUUUUCUUUUUCAGUUUCUGAAAGUUGAUUUGAAUGUGGAGAAUUUCUUUGAUA